GGAAAUCAGGGGAGGAAAGUGACACCUCAGCAGAAUGCAGAUAAGAGGUGUCACGGUUUCCCUGGAGGUCUCAGAGAGCCCUGGGAGUGUCCAGGUGGCCCGGGGUCAGACAGCAGUCCUGCCCUGUACUUUCACUACCAGUGCUGCCCUCAUCAACCUCAAUGUCAUUUGGAUGGUCAUUCCUCUCGCCAAUGCCAACCAACCUGAGCAGGUCAUUCUGUAUCAGGGUGGACAGAUGUUUGAUGGUGCCCCUCAGUUCCAUGGCAGGGUAGGAUUUGCAGGCACCAUGCCAGCCACCAAUGUCUCUAUCUUCAUUAACAACACUCAGCUAUCAGACACUGGCACCUACCAGUGUUUGGUUAACAACCUUCCGGAUAGAGGGGGCAGAAACAUUGGGGUCACUGGCCUCACAGUCUUAGUUCCCCCUUCUGCCCCUCACUGCCAAAUCCAAGGAUCCCAGGAUGUGGGCAGCGAUGUCAUCCUGCUCUGCAGCUCUGAGGAAGGCAUUCCUCGACCAACUUACCUUUGGGAGAAGUUAGACAAUACCUUCAAACUACCUCCAACAGCCACUCAGGACCAGGUCCAAGGAACAGUCACCAUCCGGAACAUCAGCGCGCUGUCUUCAGGUUUGUACCAGUGCGUGGCUUCUAAUGCCAUAGGAACCAGCACCUGUCUUUUGGAUCUCCAGGUUAUCUCCCCCCAGCCCAGGAGCGUUGGACUAAUAGCUGGAGCCGUUGGCACUGGUGCAGUUAUUGUCAUUUUUUGCAUUGCACUAAUUUUAGGGGCAUUCUUUUACUGGAGACGCAAAAAUAAAGAGGAGGAGGAAGAAGACAUUCCUAAUGAAAUAAGAGAGGAUGAUCUUCCACCUAAAUGUUCUUCUGCCAAAGCAUUUCACACCGAGAUAUCCUCCUCUGAGAACAACACAUUGACCUCCUCUAAUACCUACAACAGCCGAUACUGGAGCAACAAUCCAAAAGCUCAUAGAAACACAGAGUCAUUCAACCACUUCAGUGACUUGCGCCAAUCUUUCUCCCUGCACUCGGGCAAUGCCAACAUACCGUCCAUCUAUGCUAACGGGACCCACCUGGUCCCAGCUCCACAUAGGACUCUGGUAGUGACAGCCAACAGGGGCUCAUCACCGCAGGUCAUGCCCAGGAGCAAUGGCUCGGUCAGCAGGAAGCCUCGGCUGCAGCACACACAUGCCCACACCGUCAGCCAAGCAACGCUGGAGCGAAUUGGCGCUGUCCCGGUCAUGGUGCCAGCCCAGAGUCGGGCCGGGUCCCUCGUAUAGGACAUGAGCAGAUAGUGUUCAGAAAAAAGCCAGUGAGAUGCCCCAUACACGGGGUGGGGGUGGUGGGUGAGUGCGGGGAAAGAAACACUUUCCUUAUCAUGAUACUAGUAAAAAGCACAGAGAAGAAAGUUAAUGCUGUUACCUGGCCACGGAGAUUUGUGAAAUGAGCCAGAAUGUCUGUCCUGAAGACUUGUUUCUCCGCCUCCGAUGUCCCGGGAUCCUAGUCAGUAAGCUGGAUCUCAAAGAUGUGCCAAGCCAAGGGAAAGAUGUGAGCACGUGAAAACGUGAAGUCUACACUGCAGUCCAGAUGGGUUUGUUCUCUAGCUCAUGCCUAAAUCUUUCAAGAGACUCAAGUGCCAGAUGGAGUUUAAAUAAUGACAUUAUUUUAAAAGAUAGGCAUCUUUAGAAAAGUAAUGAACAUCCUCUCCCCAUUCCCUCUAUACAUAGAGGCAAAGGGCAUGAAUGGUUAGUAUCUGUCCCUACAUCACAGAAUCAAAACUUUUUACACAAGCAGAAUUCAGUAAGAAGUGGGGGGGAAACAAAAGAAACUUCUUUGAGAAGCCCAUUCAUAGUUACUUAUUUCUGAACCAUGAAUUUCAUAUUUGGAAUACUGCUCUAUGGACAGAUUCUUGCCUGUCUAGGUUUUUCUAGGGUCUGCUACAGGUCCAUGACAAUUACUGUUCAUUAUUUCCCGGGAAAGUAUUUUUUUAAAAGAAAUGUAUUGGUUUUUU